AUGAGCCUAUCGGCGUUGGACGACGUGGCGCGCCCGGCCAUGAAGCAUGCAUCAGCCAAGGCGUUCGGCCCGACGCACGAGGUGCUCCAGGUGCUCGACGAUGGCCGCGACCGUCCGACGCCGGGCAAGGGCGAGCUCCUCGUCCGCGUCCUCGCGGUGUCCCUCUCUGGCAGCGACUGGCGCUCCAUGCACGGCGACGUCCCCGGUAUAAAAAAGCCCGCCAAGGGCUUCCCGUACGUCCCCGGCGGCGACUGCUGCAGCGAGGUGGUCGCGCUCGGCCCCGGCGUCGCCGAGUUCCAGGCGGGCGACCGCGUCGUGUCGACGUGGCAGGUCUUCGGCGAAGGCGCGCUGGCCGAGUACGCGACCGUCAAGGCCUCGCUGUCCGCGAAGCUGCCGGCGACGGUGCGCCCCGAGGAGGGCGCGGCGCUGGCGAACUCCGCGGGGCACGCGCUGAAGGCCGUGCGCGGCGCGAAGGUCAAGGCGGGUGACCGCGUGCUCGUCCUAGGCGGGAGCGGCGGCGUGGGGACGGCCCUCGUGCAGCUCGCGCGGCGCGCGGGCGCGGCGUACGUCGCGUGCACGACGACGAACGGCGCGCUCGUGCGCGAGCUCGGCGCGGACCGCGUCAUCGACUACCGCCACUCAAGCUGGGCGAACGACCCCCUCCUGGCGAAAGAGCCAGUCGACGUGGUGUUCGACUGCGCGGAGGGCGAGGAGGCGUGGCUCGCGGCGCUCGAGAGCCGCGCGGUCAAGCGCGGGAAGCACGGCGGCCGGUUCGUCAGCAUCCACACCGUGUGGCGCAUGCUUCUCACGUCGUACUGGGACGUGGCCAAGUUCAUGGCGCCGCGGCUCGCGCGCGGGCCGUGGAGCGCGCUGCACCGGGGGUCCGCGCCGCGGCACUCCUUCCACGUGGAGGAUGUAGACGGGAAGGUGCUGGCCGAGGUGCUGCAGCUCGCGGGCGCGGGGCAGCUCAAGGUGCCGCUGGACACGCGCGGGCCGUUCCCGUUCACCACCGAGGGCGUGCGUGCGGCGUUCGACCUGCACGAGAGCCACCAUGCGCGCGGCAAGGUCGUCAUCAAGGUGGCCGAUUGA